GUAUUUUGUCCUUCAAAAAUGGCAUCGGAACCUUCAUCUAAUGUUAAUAUUACUUCAACACAUACAUUAUCCAACAAUCCUGAUGAAGAAGUUAAAGUCAUGGUGCCGCCCUUGAAUUUUGCAAUGGUGGCACCAGGUGUUUAUCGCUCUGGGCAUCCAAAUCAUGAAUUUAAUGAAGAGUUGAGUCAAUUUGUGAAGGAUCAAAAAAUUCAAGUUUUCCAUUAUAAAAUUGAUGGAAACAAGGAACCAUUUAUUGAAAUCGAACAAAAAGAAAUUAGUAAUGCUUUAGUUAAAGUUCUAGUAUUGAUACAUUGUAAUAAAGGAAAGCAUAGAAUAGGUUGUUUAGUAGGAUGUCUUCGCAAAUUACAAAAAUGGUCAUUGACUUCGAUUUUUCAUGAAUAUCGACGUUUUGCCGUUACAAAAGUUCUAGCAGACCAAGAGUUUAUUGAAAUAUUUUCAGAACAUGUACCAUAUAAUCCUGAUUUUAAACCUGACUGGCUAUAA